UUGUUUUCGAUUUCGUUUACAAUGUUUUCAAAAAUGAAAACAAUUUCAUCGAUUUCGAAAACUUUUGUGUUCGAAAACGCAACUUUUUCCGUCACACUUUUUCGAAGCGUAACUACUGUCAAAACGCAGCCUAAUUCUAAACGUCAAACAAGCUCUCGUGACAGUUUGUUUAUACAAUGUUUUUUUUUUAGUUUUCGGGUGAAGUAACCGGAGAGCCGGAGAAGUUUCUGGUGGCCAGAUAUUAACUGGUUCCGUUUCGACGGUGUUUGUGAAAUGAUGUGUGAUGUGAAUAAAUAAAAGCAGCAACAAUUGGUGCACAGUGUCUAGCUGCAAACACCGCCAUCAAAGCCGUUCCGGCCAACCGGGUCGAGCUUAAUAGUGCUUUCGGAUGUGGAGAAAUCACCUGUCCGGGAGAAGUGAAAUGUCGAUCCGCAUGGCCAGCGUCGAUUCUGACAACAGUGAUCGAAAGGACCGGUACAGGUUCAGUUCUGGGAAAAAUACGGAACCGUUGGCAAUGGCCACACUCGAGAAGGCGGACAGCGGAAUGAUUGCAUCGGCGGAACCUGCUCCACGGCCAGCGAGAAAGAAGAUGUUGGCAAGCGGGAAGAAGUCAUCAGCCGCCGCUGGUUGUGCGGAUCGACCUUUGACUUCUCCUGGACAGGGCCACCAGAGGAAGAUGUUGUCCAGCGGGAGAAAGUCAUCAAAGUUCAUACCCUCAGAAGCUUGGCUGCGACGCCGUCCUCUUCCAGAUCUGCAGCCACCUCGAAUUGAACCACGACGACAAGAAAAGCGACCCGGGACAAGGCGCAUCAACCGAACUUGAGCUCCGUCGGCAUCCUGGAGCCGAUCGCGGUCAAGCUUCGGUCGUGCAGAAGGCGCUGAAUACCCACACACACACACUACAUUACACUCUACCACCACAAAACAACAACAUUCUUUAAUUCUUCAAUUCUAAUUAAAAAAAAAACUAAAAAUCUAAAUUUCUAAUUUUUUU